AUGAAGGCGAAGAAGCUGGUGCGUCAUGGUUGUGAGGCUUACUUGGCCUUUGUGACGACAAGUAAGAAGAAUAAGAUGGAAAUAUCAGAAAUUUCAGUGGUUCGGGAUUUUCCCGAUGUGUUUCUAAAUGAGUUUCCAGGAUUGCCACCUCCAAGGGAGGUUGACUUCACCAUUGAGUUGGUGCCGGGGACACAGCCUAUUUCUAAGGAUUUUCUAGAGUACUUAGACAGUUUCAUCAUUGUGUUUAUCGAUGAUAUACUGAUAUACUCACUAAGUUUGGAGGAGCAUGAAGCUCAUCUUCGAAUAACACUGCAAAAGCUUAGAGAGAAGUAG